AUGGAGCCUAAAGCUGUUGCUAUCGCCGCGGUGCUGCUUAGCACAUGUGCUACAGCUCUAACUACAGCCACAAUUGACAAGCGGAGCUGUAGACGAGCGCCUUCCACUAAGCUAUGCUGUGAUCGCGCGUCGUUCUUGCGCCUUUAUCGGGAGGUGCAUGCUGCAUACAAGCGCAAGCCCGCAGCCAACAGUAAGUGCCCCCUGGUAAAACGAUUUGCCUUAACAAUGAUGUACUUUGCGCAGGGCGGAACCAUGGACUCGGCAGCCUCGGUGAUGGGGAUAUUACGCCCCCGCGCAGUGCACGUGGAUCUGCCCAGCGCAAGUGAGGUGGAGGCGGUGGAGGCUGGCUUUUUUAAGGUGGCAGGCUUUCCCGGAGUAGUGGGGGCUGGAGAUGGAACGCUCAUUGCGAUACCACGCCCCCAUGAUUUUGAGGGCUGGUAUUACCGCAAAGGCUUCCCUGCCGUAAAUGUGCAGGCAAUUGUCGACCACCGCGGGUCCUUCAGGUCUAUCUCGAUACGGUCAGGCUCUAAUAAUGACCAGUCUUUGUGGAGUCCGAAAGCGGUAAGUUCAUUUGCAUAUUGCUCUUUCGCGACUUUGAUAUUUAUUCUGACCAGUGCUGCUGUGUACCAGUUUACCUGA